AAUGGCUUCAGACAUCCCUGGAUCAGUGACAUUGCCUGUUGCCCCCAUGGCAGCCAGUGGCCAGGUGAGGAUGGCAGGGGCCAUGCCUGCCCGUGGAGGAAAGCGGCGUUCUGGAAUGGACUUUGAGGAUGAAGAUGGUGAAGGUCCCAGCAAAUUUUCAAGAGAGAACCACAGCGAGAUAGAGCGGCGCCGGCGGAACAAGAUGACGCAGUACAUCACGGAGCUCUCUGACAUGGUCCCCACCUGCAGCGCGCUGGCCCGGAAGCCGGACAAGCUCACCAUCCUCCGCAUGGCCGUGUCACACAUGAAGUCCAUGAGGGGCACAGGGAACAAGUCCACAGACGGCGCCUACAAGCCUUCCUUCCUGACGGAACAGGAACUAAAGCACCUCAUCCUUGAAGCAGCUGAUGGGUUUCUGUUUGUAGUGGCGGCCGAGACAGGGAGAGUGAUUUAUGUGUCUGACUCUGUCACCCCCGUUCUUAACCAGCCGCAGUCAGAGUGGUUUGGGAGCACCCUCUAUGAACAGGUGCACCCCGACGACGUGGAGAAGCUGAGAGAGCAGCUAUGCACCUCUGAAAACUCCAUGACAGGCAGGAUCUUGGACCUGAAGACUGGGACAGUCAAGAAAGAAGGGCAGCAGUCGUCCAUGAGGAUGUGCAUGGGCUCGCGGAGGUCCUUCAUCUGCAGGAUGAGGUGUGGAAAUGCUCCUUUGGACCACCUUCCUCUAAACAGAAUAACCACCAUGAGGAAAAGGUUCAGGAAUGGCCUUGGCCCUGUGAAAGAAGGAGAAGCCCAGUAUGCUGUGGUCCACUGCACAGGAUACAUCAAGGCCUGGCCUCCAGCAGGAAUGACUAUCCCUGAAGAAGACACCGAUGUGGGACAAGGCAGUAAAUAUUGCCUUGUGGCAAUUGGGAGACUCCAGGUGACCAGUUCUCCUGUGUGCGUGGACAUGAGCGGGAUGUCAGUGCCCACAGAAUUCUUAUCACGGCAUAACUCUGAUGGGAUCAUCACGUUUGUGGACCCAAGAUGCAUCAGUGUGAUUGGCUACCAACCCCAGGAUCUUCUAGGAAAGGACAUUUUGGAAUUCUGCCACUCUGAGGAUCAGAGCCAUCUGCGUGAGAGCUUCCAGCAGGUGGUCAAGCUGAAAGGCCAGGUGCUGUCGGUCAUGUAUCGAUUCCGCACGAAGAACCGGGAGUGGAUGCUGAUCCGCACCAGCAGCUUCACCUUCCAGAAUCCCUAUUCUGACGAGAUUGAGUACAUCAUCUGCACCAACACCAACGUCAAGCAGCUUCAGCAGCAGCAGGCAGAAUUGGAGGUGCACCAGAGAGACGGGCUGUCAUCAUACGACUUGUCGCAGGUUCCUGUCCCCAACCUACCAGCCGGAGUUCACGAGGCCGGGAAGUCCGUGGAAAAGGCAGAUGCGAUCUUUUCCCAGGAAAGGGAUCCCCGGUUUGCUGAGAUGUUUGCAGGAAUCAGUGCAUCGGAGAAGAAGUUGAUGAGCUCAGCAUCUGCAGCAGGAACCCAGCAGAUCUACUCCCAAGGAAGCCCAUUCCCCCCGGGACACUCGGGAAAGGCCUUCAGCUCCUCCGUGGUGCAUGUGCCUGGAGUGAAUGAUAUCCAGUCCUCCUCUUCAACGGGCCAGAACAUGUCCCAAAUCUCCCGGCAGCUAAACCAGAGUCAGGUGGCGUGGACGGGGAGUCGGCCGCCCUUUCCCGGACAGUCCAGCAAGACUCAGUCUCCCUUUGGGAUUGGAACGAGCCACACCUACCCGGCAGACCCCUCCUCCUACAGCCCUCUCUCCAGCCCGGCUACCUCCUCGCCAAGCGGGAACGCCUACUCCGGUCUUGCCAACAGGACUCCCGGGUUCGCUGAAAGUGGACAGAGCAGCGGGCAGUUCCAAGGGCGGCCCUCGGAAGUCUGGUCGCAGUGGCAAAGCCAGCACCACGGUCAGCAGAGCGGUGAGCAGCACUCGCACCAGCAGCCCGGUCAGACUGAAGUGUUCCAGGACAUGCUGCCCAUGCCCGGAGACCCCACCCAGGGCACUGGGAACUAUAACAUCGAAGACUUUGCUGACCUGGGCAUGUUCCCGCCCUUCUCUGAGUAGCUGCAGACACAGCGGGGCCCCCACCCGGCAGCAGCCCCCUCGCUGUGACAUCGCCGCCCGAGUGA